AUGGAUUCUGAAGGAAUCUCCGAGAAUAAUCUCACCCCUUUCAAUUCAUCGUAUCAAUUACAUAGGGAAUUGUAUGAACAUGAGAAGGGCGUGAGGUGUGGAUGUAAUAUUGACGCAAAGUACCUUUCUCUGCUCGAUACGGACAAAGCUUAUGCCGACGGCUCCUAUGAAUACGAGUAUCUGGUGACCGGAGGAGUGAAUGGGGACCUGGUCGUCUGUAAAUUGACGAAGUGCGGAGAGUAUAAGGCGGUGUCAAGGUUCAUGGCGCACGUUAACACAGUAAUGUGUGUGUGUCCGUCAGUACUGCUGAACGACUACAUCGAUGUGUCGUUCUUAGAGUCCUCCUCGAACACGGAGUUGACGCUGGUAGAGGUUAAGAUGUGCAUAUAUACCUGCGGAAGGGACAAACUGAUACACAGAUACAACCUUGCGGGCAAAAAGCUGCUGACUCUGGAGGGCCACGACGAUGUCGUGUGCAGCCUGCACGAGCUUUCGGACCCGUCGAAGCUAGUGAGUGGGAGCUGGGAUGGAACAGCAAUUGUCUGGGAUGUGCUCUCAGGCACCCAGGAGUAUCGCAUUAAAUCGGACCAGUACAAGUAUUCAGUCUAUGUAAACAGUCUCCCCAGCGGAGAAAUAGUGACCGCAAUGCAGAACGGAGACGUGUGCUUGUGGAAGGGAAAUCAGCUAGUGACGAGCAAGAAACUGCACUCUGACGCCGUGAGGGCAGUGAGCGUGGGAGAAAAAUAUCUGACGUGCUCAAACGACUGCACAAUUAAAGUUAACUCAAACAACUUGGAAACAAUUUUUACAAUUGAUAGACACGAGGGGUUUGUAUACGACGUCAAGCACUCUCGAUUCUUUGAAGUGGCAUUCAGCGGAUCGGAGGAUAAAACGGCGCGAGUGUGGAGCACAGUCAACGGACACCUGCUGCAAACAAUAAAUCUGGAGUCGUCAGUAUGGCAGGUGGUUGAAACGCAGUACAAUGGAAUUGCAACAAUUGAGCUGAGCGGCAAGGUGACGCUUUGGUCCCUGAGGCCGGGGAGAGUGGAGGAGAACUACUCGCAACAGUCGACACUCAACGCAAGAGUUGAGCCGCAGAGGCCGGAGAACAUACUGGACAUGAACCUGUUUAAAAAAUUCAACAGCGAGAAGGCGAAGGAGCUCAUCUUGAAGUAUAACGAGGAAAAAAACACGCUGGUGGACAGGGAGGUGCUCUACUUUGAGGAGUUGUUCGAGAAGGGCGUGGCGAAUCUGAGAGACGGGUACGACUUCACCUGGGUGCUGAAGAUGUUGGAAUGGCCGGAGGCGGAGCGGCUGCCGGUGUUCGACCUGAUCAAGGCGGCGAGUCUGCACAUGGUCACCGAGAAGCUGUUCAAGGUCAGAAACAACGGAUCGAGGAUACUGUUCUCGGCAAACGAGGUCCUCAAGAACACCGACAACCCGCAGCUGAUAUCGGUGUCGCUGCAGAUGUUCUCAAACCUGCUGCACCCUUCAAUAUCGAGGAGCGUCAUGUUCAGGCAGCACGAAUCGAUCUUCGAGGCGGUCGCCGCGGUCACGAGGGUCAACUCGAAGCUGGCGCAGCAGUCCCUAUCGGUCUUCUGCCAGAACUUCGCAAUAGCGUCCGUGCACAACAGGGAAAGCAGGGUCAUCGGGCCGCUGGUGCAGUGCCUCUGCGGGUCGGUGAGCGUCUGCCUCGAGGUCCUGGACUCCGAGGACCUGUCCUGGGUGGGCGCGGUGAGCCUGAAGCACUUCAAGACCAUGGAGCUUCUGCUGGACAACUUCACGGUGCCCACCAUGGAGCACUCCUUCAAGCACGGCCUGAACGCUCAGAUGGAGUUGGUAGCGAAUAAGUUGCAUGAGAAGAAGAUUAUGGAUGCAGGCAGCAGUGGAUCGGUUAAAUUUGUACUCGACAGCCUGAAAACGUAG